UUGGCUGAUUUGGCUGUCAAGGAGUGUGACUUCAAACUAGCCCAGGAGUGUUUCUCCAAGACGCAGGACUACGCCAGUUUCCUACUUAUUGCAACCAGCGCUGGUGAUGCAGAAAAGAUUGAGGAGCUUGCCAAGGUGACUACAAAGGAAGAGAUGGACAACCUGGCCUUCCUUUCUCUCUUCCUACUCGACAAUCUCGACGGUUGUCUUCAGCUUCUCGUUAAGGCACAGCGCUUUCCCGAGGCUGCAAUCUUCGCACGCACCUACCUGCCCAGUAAGGUUCCUGAGAUGGUGGAACUCUGGCGUGCAUGGCUUGCGGAAGAUCCGAAGCUAGGCAAGGCCGCUGAGGCGCUAGCCAAUCCGCAGCAGUACCCGAACCUCUUCCCGGGG